UAUGCUACUAUAGUAUCACUCCUCUUAUUACACAAAUCCUUUGACUACCUCAUUUUCUAGUCUCUUCUACAUUUUAUGGACUUUGGUGUCUAUAAAUAAAACAUAAAAAUACAAAGCUAUCAAUUUCUUAUUUCCUGCUUACGUUAAUUCUUCAACAUGGAAGGAGGAGUACCAGAAGCUGAUGUCUCUGCCUUCAGAGAAUGUUUAUCACUUUCUUGGAAAAAUCCUUAUGUUCUUCGUCUUGCUUUCUCGGCCGGAAUUGGUGGUUUUCUUUUCGGCUAUGAUACCGGAGUCAUAUCUGGAGCUCUUUUGUAUAUAAGAGAUGAUUUCAAGGCUGUUGAUAGACAAACUUGGCUUCAGGAAGCCAUAGUGAGUACAGCACUUGCUGGAGCAAUCAUAGGUGCAUCAGUUGGUGGAUGGAUCAAUGAUAGAUUUGGAAGAAAGAAAGCAAUAAUUCUUGCAGAUACACUCUUUUUCAUUGGAUCAGUUGUAAUGGCUGCUGCAAUAAAUCCAGCUAUUCUCAUUGUUGGCAGAGUAUUUGUUGGUCUUGGUGUUGGAAUGGCUUCAAUGGCUUCCCCUUUAUACAUCUCAGAAGCUUCUCCGACUAGAGUUCGAGGAGCACUUGUUAGUCUCAAUGGAUUUCUCAUCACUGGUGGACAAUUCCUCUCCUAUCUUAUCAACUUGGCAUUCACAAAUGCACCAGGAACAUGGAGAUGGAUGUUAGGUGUUGCAGCAUUACCAGCCUUGACACAAAUCGUAUUGAUGCUUAUGCUACCAGAAUCACCUCGUUGGCUGUUCAGAAAGGGAAAAGAAGAAGAAGCUAAACAAAUUCUAAGGAAGAUAUAUCCUCCGCAAGAUGUUGAAGACGAAAUCAUUACUCUAAAAGAAUCAGUUGAAAUGGAAACAAAAGACGAUUCAACUUCAAACAAAGUCAGCAUAAUCAAACUAUUGAAAACAAAAACAGUAAGAAGAGGUUUAUAUGCAGGAAUGGGACUACAAAUCUUCCAACAAUUUGUUGGAAUCAACACAGUGAUGUAUUACAGUCCAACCAUUGUUCAACUAGCUGGUUUUGCAUCAAACAGAACAGCACUUUUAUUAUCACUUGUCACUGCUGGAAUUAAUGCAUUUGGUUCAAUUUUAAGCAUUUAUUUCAUUGAUAAAACUGGGAGGAAGAAGCUUUUGUUGUUUAGUUUGUCUGGUGUUGUAGUAUCUCUUGUUGUUUUGACUGUUGUGUUUCAUCAAACUACAACUCAUUCUCCUAUGGUUAGUGAAAUUGAAACUUCUUUCUUUAAUAAUACUUGUCCUGAUUAUAGAUCAGCUUUUGAUGCUGCUAAAUGGGAUUGCAUGAAGUGUCUUAAGGCUUCUCCUGAGUGUGGAUUUUGUGCUUCUGCUGGUAAUAAGCUCUUACCUGGGGCAUGCUUAAUUUCCAAUGACACAACAGAAGACCAAUGCCAAAAACAGCAAAGACAAUGGUACACAAGAGGGUGUCCUAGCCAAAAUGGAUGGUUAGCACUAAUUGGUCUAUCACUGUAUAUCUUAUUCUUCUCACCAGGAAUGGGAACAGUUCCAUGGGUUGUAAACUCUGAAAUAUACCCAUUAAGAUACAGAGGAGUUUGUGGUGGAAUGGCAUCAACAUCAAAUUGGGUUUCAAAUCUCAUUGUGGCACAAUCUUUUCUAUCAUUGACUGAUGCCAUCGGAACUUCAUACACAUUCAUGAUUUUCAUAUUCAUCACUGUUGCUGCCAUUGUUUUCGUCAUUGUUUUCGUGCCGGAAACUAAAGGACUUCCUAUUGAAGAGGUUGAGAAUAUGUUGGAAAGAAGAACUUUGAAUUUUAAGUUUUGGCAGAGGAAUUCUGACUCUGAUGAUCAAGUGUUGAGUCAAAAGAAUGUAUCAUUUUGAGUUAAUUAGAUGUUGUACUAGAUUAAUAUUACAGAUUUAUUACUUUAUAUUUUCUAAA